UGACUUCAAGUCCGAUUGUAAACAACCUUUCAGUCACCCACGUGCGCUUGGAGAGUAAACAUUCACAGCUGUUCUCUUAUGAAGAUGUCAGCGAUGAACGAGAAAGUGGAGAUAAACGAAGGAAGGGAGAAAAAGAAGCCGAGAAGGAGACCGAAAAAGAAGGGUGUCGGUGGGGAGGCAGCCAAAACUGUUAAGCAGCCACAGGAUAAGGCUGAAAGAGUUGCUCCGCAUCACCCUAUCACAAAAAAACGUUCUGCUGAAAAUGGAGACAACCGGCAACCAAAGAAGACUGUUAAGCAGCAGUUGCCACAAGAUAAGACGGAGAGAGUAGCUCCGCCUCAACCUGUUGAGAAAAAAUGUCCUGCUGAAAAUGGAGACAGGCAGGAACCAAAGAAAAGGAGGAAGCCAAAGAAGAAGCAGCAUGGAGGAGACAACCCAGAAGUACGGCAAAAGGUGGACCUAAAGAAGAGAGAGACUAACAAAAGUAAUGAAGGUGAAAGCAAAAGUAAUGGAGGAGAAGCCAAAAGUAAUGGAGGAGAAACCAAAAGUAAUGGAGGAGAAACGAAAACUGCGGCUGUGGGAGAACAAAGGGAAUCGUUUGGAAGACGCAAGAGGACAAGGAAGCCUAAAGGAAAUCAAAGUACGGCUGAUAAGGUCGAUAUCAGUACCUUCGAAUUUGGAAAUUCGGAAAGAUCAUUCAAGAAACUUGAGGGAAGCAUAUCCCCCAAAACACUAAAUGUCCUCAAGCAAUUAGGCUUCAAGGAGAUGACGGAGAUUCAAGCUAAGUCAAUCCCUAAGCUUCUUGAAGGACUUGACCUGCGAGGGACAGCCAAGACCGGAUCUGGAAAGACCUUGGCCUUUGCCAUUCCGGUGGUCGAGCUGAUGAGCAAAUUGAAUUUCACGCCCAGUCAAGGCACUGGCGUUGUCAUCCUCUCUCCAACCCGUGAGCUGUCCAUACAGACACGUGAUGUUUUGGCGCCCUUCGUGAAGGCGCAUUCACUGUCGGUGGAGUUGAUCAUGGGAGGUACCAAUAUGAGAAUUGAAGCUGCAAAGUUACAGCAAGGUGUGAAUAUCAUAGUUGCUACACCAGGAAGGUUCCUAGAUCACCUCAGAUCGACUAAGGACUUCGUCUUCAAAAACACGGCGUGUCUUGUCCUUGAUGAAGCAGAUCGAAUUCUUGAUGUAGGAUUUGAGCAUGAUCUUAAGCAAAUCUUACGACAUCUACCAAGAGAACGUCAGACAAUUUUGUUCAGUGCAACAAAAGAUACAAAGACAAAUGCUUUAGCCCCACUUGCUCUUAAGGCCAAUCCUGUAGAAGUUGAUGUAGACUCGGACAAAAAAGAGGCAACAGUGGAUGGCUUAGAACAGGUGUAUGUGGAGUGUCCUAUUGAGAAGAGGAUUCCACUUCUCUGUAAGCUUAUUAAAGAGAAUCAGGACAAAAAGGUCAUGAUUUUCCUGAACAGCAUCUGGAAUGUCAAGUAUUACCACCACCUCCUCAACUGCCUCGGUGUUCCUGUGUCACUCCUACAUGGGAGGAUGUCACAAAAUAAACGAACUGAAGGAUUCUUCACUUUCAAAGAUCAAACAAAAGGUACAUUGCUGUGCACAGACGUGGGUGCCAGAGGCUGGGACAUUCAAGGCAUCGACUUGAUAAUCCAAUUUGAUCCUCCCUCCGACCCCAUGGAGUACAUUCAUCGGGUUGGAAGAACUGCCAGAGCUGGAGGCAGUGGCAGUGCCAUACUGUUUCUUCAACCACAUGAAAGUAUGUUCAUUGCUUACAUGAAGUCUCGCAAUGUUACCCUUCCUCACAUGGAUAUUUCAUGGGGGGAAGUAGAAGAUCUUCAGGUGGAGGAGUUAAACCAGCAGGAUGAACACCUCCCCAGCAUGGGGAAGAAGGCCUUUCGUGCUUUCCUACGAUCAUAUAUGGCUCUUCCUCUGAAGUCUAUCUUCGAUCCGAAUAAACUCGAUACACUAAAGGUCGCUAAAGCAUAUGGCUUCACUAAAGAACCACUGAAAGUGCGUGGAUUAAGAAAGGAAAAACGUAAAUGAAAGCAGUGACAUUUUUAGGUUGUGAUGCAUAGACACAUACUCGCAUUUAAUUUGGAGUAUCAAUUAUUCUUUUUAUGAUUUCCAGUUUUAUAUUAUCUGUAACUGUUAGGUAAACAGGCACAGCCUAUAAAUAUAUAUAUUUUGUUAUGAGCAGGUUGUACUGUUAUGAUUAAUCUUGUGGAGAAUAAUGAGUGUUAUCACUAUAAGUCGUCAUUUUAAAGAUGUUGACAUGGCCUUAGAUAUGAAAGUGGAGAUUCAGUAACAGUACAAUCUGUGCUUCUAGGAUCAUUAAACAUUUUAUAUGAAUGCAUUUACUCUAAAAUGUAUAGAUCUUUUCAUAACUAAAAAAUAUUGGAAUUUU